CAGUGGAAUUUCAGGACAGUGAGGCCUGAGCUGUGGAAUAGAGGGUGUGUUCAACUUUGUGAGUUUGAUUGAUCGUGCAGUGUUGAAGCACUUCUUUCCUACUCAGGGCAACAGUGUACUUCUCCCUUCCUUCUCUCAAGAAGCUUUAGGCAUGACCUCAGGUGUAGCCAUCAGUGAUGAGGUGGUAACCAUCUAUAACUUGAUCAAGUUGCGCCUCCGGGGUGCUGAGGAGAAAGAGAGAUACAAACUUGUGAUCAUGCGUAUGAGCGAUGACCAAAAAUGCAUUAUUGUGGACCACGACAACUGCCUGAGAAACAAGGAUGUGGAGAACGAGGCGGACGUCUUCAAGAAGAUCAUCAGUAAGCUUCCUCCCACAGAGUGCCGCUAUGCCCUGUAUGACUGCACCUAUGAGAAUAAAGGUCUGAAGGAGGAUCUGGUCUUCAUCAUGUGGGCCCCUGAUGAAGCACUCAUGAGGAGUAAAAUGGUCUAUGCAAGCUCAAAGGGAGCUCUUAAAUCCAAAUUGCCAGGUUUGAAAUUUGAGUGGCAAGUGAAUGACUGUGCAGACAAAGAUGUAUCGAGUCUUGUGGAGAAACUUGGUGGGCGAGGUGUAGUAAAGACUGUGGAGGGUAAAAAGUGUAAAACUCCCCUUGAUCAAUGGUUUUACAGACCAGAUGUUCAAAAUGAAAAUGUUCACAGAAAUGUUAUGUUUUCAGGUAUGAUAAUAAACUUGGCAUGUCAAGUAUUUGUAUUUCAUUCCACCAAGUAUUCCCAAUAUAAUAAAAGUGUCAAAUGUUGCAACUGCUUUUGCAUGUAUGGGAGUUCAGUUUGGCAUUGUUAGCCAACUCUUUUUUUUUUUUUUUUGCCAUGUCAGAACAACUCCUUAUCUUUAUACACACAUGCAGCAUUAUUCAGCAGAUAGGAUUUGUUUUAAAUGUUAAACCAUCAAUGAAAAUUAUAGUGACAGAAACACUGUUUUUAAAGUUACAAUUACAAAUGACAAUUUAUACAAUUUGUACAACUAUGUUAAAAUGUAUACUUAAAAUCAUGUAUUGUGUGAUUGUAAAAAGAUUUAAAUAUCUGUUGCAUCAGGGGUUUACCUUGCAAUAUUUUAAUGCAGUUACUGUCAGAGGGCUUUUGCAUUAUAACAUACAUCUUUUGUUUAGCAUAAAAUAUAUCUGCGGUUGAAUGUUUUACUUUGUCCAGAUGGACCCAUGUCCAAAUAAACAGCCACUUUAAAACCC